CAAGGGUUUAUCCCAUCGGGUCGGGAUGAGGAUGUGGGGUUGGGUGAGAGAUUCACGUUUUUGAAAAAACGGGAAAAAAAACUCUCGUAAAUUUCUAGAGCUGGGGUUCCGCACAACUUUUAGACCCUCAAGGCCGUCUGACAUGGAAACCAAAGCCCUAUCGUACCUCCCGCCUUCCCCCGCCAUAAGAGACCGUUUCACUACCAAGACCUCCAACUCUGCACCGCGCAAAUUUGCUGUAAAAUGCUCCACGCAUCCACCAUUAGCCGACCAAUCCUUGCAGUUCAAAGAAGCUGCACGACACGGGAAUUUGAUUCCACUCUACAGGUCAAUAUUCUCCGAUCACCUGACUCCUGUGCUGGCAUACAGGUGUUUGGUGAAGGAAGAUGAUAGGGAAGCUCCAAGCUUCUUGUUCGAGUCUGUUGAAAGGGGGAAAGUUACAAGUAUUGGGCGGUACAGUGUUAUUGGUGCUCAACCUACUAUGGAGAUUGUUGCAAGAGAAAACCUUGUGACAGUUAUGGACCACCAUGAAGGGAAAAAGACAGAGACAUUCGAGGAGGAUCCUAUGGUCAUUCCUAGGAGGAUUAUGGAGAAGUGGAAACCACAAUGUCUUGAUGAGCUCCCUGAGGCAUUUACUGGUGGUUGGGUUGGCUACUUCUCCUAUGAUACAGUGCGUUUUGUUGAGAAGAAGAAAUUGCCUUUCUCAAAUGGCCCAUUCAAUGACCGGUUCCUUCCUGAUCUUCAUAUUGGCCUCUAUGAUGAUGUUGUUGUAUUUGAUCAUGUAGAAAAGAAAGCGUGUAUCAUACACUGGGUGCAAUUAGAUCGCUUUGCUUCGGUUGAUGAAGCAUUUAAUGAUGGCGUGAGCCGUUUAGAAGCUUUAUUGUCGAGAGUGCUCAACAUUGUACCUCCUAGAUUAGCUGCAGGAUCAAUAAAACUACGUACAAACCUGUUUGGUUCGGCGCUGAAGAUGUCAACCAUGACUAGUGAAGAUUACCAGGAAGCUGUUUUGAAAGCUAAAGAGCACAUCCUGGCGGGGGAUAUUUUCCAGAUAGUUCUCAGUCAACGGUUUGAAAGGAGAACGUUUGCAGACCCAUUUGAGAUAUAUAGGGCAUUGAGAGUUGUUAAUCCAAGUCCAUACAUGAGUUAUUUACAGGCUAGGGGAUGUAUACUUGUUGCAUCAAGUCCUGAGAUUCUUACUAGAGUCAAGAAGGGGAAAAUCACCAAUCGGCCACUAGCAGGGACAAUCAGGAGAGGGAAGACACCUAAAGAAGACUACAUGCUGGAAAACCAACUUCUGCAUGAUAAAAAACAGUGUGCAGAGCACACCAUGCUGGUUGACUUAGGAAGGAAUGACGUGGGAAAGGUCCUGUUCUUCUAAGUGUGUUUUAUUUCAAUUUAUAUUGACAAACAUCAGUUUGGUUAUUUCCGUGAUGCAAUUCUAUGAUUAAUAUAUGUUUAACAAUAUUAUCCAUAUAAAGAAGGGCAGGUUGGUGCACGAAGGCAUCCCUGCAAAGUGAGGGUCCGGGGAAGAGUCCCACCACUAGGGUGGGGAAAACCUUCCCCUAUCAAGUUUUGACAAGAGGCCGCUUCCAAGACUUGAUCACACAACAACACCUUAACCAUUGCGCCAAGGUUUCUAAAUUUGGGUCAGUUGAAGUUGAGAAACUAAUGAACAUCGAGCGAUAUUCCCAUGUUAUGCACAUCAGUUCCACGGUCACUGGAGAGCUUCUUGACAGCUUAAGUAGUUGGGAUGCUUUGCGUGCUGCAUUGCCUGUUGGAACAGUUAGUGGAGCACCAAAGGUAAAGGCAAUGGAACUGAUAGAUGAGCUUGAAGUGACUAGGCGUGGGCCAUACAGUGGUGGAUUCGGAGGGAUUUCUUUUUCAGGUGAUAUGGAUAUAGCCCUAGCUUUGAGAACAAUCGUUUUUCCAACGGGAACGCAACAUGACCACAUGUACUCCUACAAGGAUGUAAACAGACGGAGAGAGUGGGUUGCUCAUAUUCAAGCUGGGGCAGGCAUAGUUGCUGAUAGCGAUCCCGUGGAUGAGCAGAGAGAGUGUGAAAAUAAGGCCGCAGCCCUUGCCCGUGCCAUUGAUCUAGCUGAGUCAUCCUUUAUCGAGUAGAUGUUUGUUUUUGCUACAUCAAUUUUAAUACUUGCACAGUUGCACCAUAGAAUGUUGCCACGGUUAUAUUCCACAAAUUAAUUGUUAGGCCUUAGAUAUUUUUCUGAUACAUUUUCUCAUUCAGAUCACAAUACUACAUUGUAUUAUUUAUGAACUUCAUAGCACAUAUACAUUUUAUAAAGCAACACUUGUAUAAUACUAUUGUUAAAUGUUAAUACACG